AUGCCUCUCCGUGCCAAUGUCUGCAUCGUCCCACCAACUCCGUGGGAGUUGCCAAACACGGGCGGAAAGCAAGGAGGGAUCUGUCCCAGGAAAGCGCCUAACAACCGUCUAUAUAACCCAUGGCCAUCCAGACCACUGGCUUGGCCUCUCAACUCUGAAAAGAAAUACCCGGACUUACGCAUACUAUCGACGGCAGCCACCUUGGAGCAUAUGAAGUCCGAUGUCCGCCCAGGCUUCUUUGAAAAUGCCUGGGGAGCUAUGUUCCCCAACGGUCAGAUCGAUACCGAUUUUGUGUUUUCAGAGGCGCUUCCUGCUAGCGGGAGAUUUGAUAUCGAAGGCCAUGAGUGUCACGCCAUUGAAUUGGGCCAUUCUGAUACAAGGGAUUCAACCAUUCUCUGGAUCCCGAGCCUCAAACUCGCCGCUUGUGGAGAUGUUGUGUAUGGAGAUGUUCACCAGAUGUUAGGUGAAGCAAACACGACAGAGCUUCGUAAUGAAUGGAUCUCGGCCAUCGAGAAGGUUGAAGCUUUAGGCCCUGAAAUUGUGAUAGGGGGACAUCGGAUGAGUGGGGAGGUAGACGGGGUGUUCCACUUGGCUGCAACAAAGCUAUACAUUCAGCAAUUCGAAAAGCUUCUGCCAACUUGUAAGAGUUCUGACGAGCUCCAAGCAAAGAUGGAAGAGCUAUACCCGAAUAGAUUUAACCCCAACGUCCUAAAAUGGGGUUGCAAUGCUGCCUUCGGUUUACCAAUGUUUGAGAGGCUGUAA